AUGACAUCUACAAAUAAUAAUAACAACAAGAAUGUGGUGGAUGAAGAAUCUUCAAGCGAUGUUGAAAUAGUUGAUCAACAUUCAUUGAAUGGUGUGUCGUCGUCGUCAUCAUCAUCAUCCGUCUCAAACUUGUUGGAGACAUUUCCUCAAUUCAUAUGCACUGAUAUCAAGAAUGUGAUUAUUGGUUAUCUAUCAGAGAUUGGUAUUGACAAUGCUUUGAUUCAAUCAUUAAACAAUCAAUUCGAAUUGAAAAUAGACAAUCAAUAUACCUCGAUCAAACAACAACAACAACACUCAUUAUUACCUACUACUACAACGACACCAAUACCAAUCAAGAAAGAGAAAGGUGUUGAUCAAGAAGAGGAAAAGAAUAUUAAUACAACUCAACUAAUCGAUUCAAAUCUAACAUUACUUUCAAAAUUAAAUAGUAUAUAUCAUGUAACUAAUCAAAAGAGAGUAAAUGGAAACAAAUCAAGAUUCAAAAGGCAAAAGAUUACAUCAGCACCAUCACAAGUACAGACAAUCUCUGGAGCACAACAACAACAAUUAAACAAAGUAGAAGUUCAAAUACAAGCACCGCGAGAAGAGAUAUCAAAGAGAAUACAAUCAUUCAUCUCUAGAAAGAAGAUUGAAAACUCAGAGUUUAAUACAAGAGUGUUUAGAGCGGCUGAUGAUGGACAAGAUCUUGCUGCCAGAGUGACUGCUGGCUUGCCACAAAGAAUCAAAUCAUCGAUCACUGUCAAUACAGAAGGUCCUGCAACUGCAACUGGAUCAACAAGUGAUGGAAAUUAUGUGCCAUAUGUAAAUGAAAGAUGUUCAAUCAUUGAAGAUCAUAUUGGAGUUUUGAAACCAAUACCAACGGAAAUAUAUAGUAGAGUUAAAAAGAUAGAAGACAAAAUUGUAGAGAUUGAACAAAAGAAUCCAGCUUUCUUUAGGGAGGUUUAUGACCAACGUAUCCAAAAACAAAAGUCAAAUAGAACUAUUGUUCAUCAAUCAUCAUCAUCAUCAACUACGACGACAUCCAUUCCUUCACCUCCAACAAAAUAA